AAUGGUGGUAGUUGUCUAGUUUAGUUACAUUAUUGGGUUUGUUAGAAACAGCAAUUUCUACAAACUACAUUAUUGUGGAGUGAUUAGCUUAAAGAUAAGUAAGUAAUAAAGUUUAGAGUUGCUAUUAUUUGUGGAUCAUAAUAAAUGAUAACAGAAAAGCAGGAAAGUUCUCCAAAAUAUAUGAAUCAUAACAGCAAUAAUAUAAGUAUUAUCCAUUAGAAAGAGUCAAGGGGCAUCUUAGGUCCACUUAAUCCUAGGCUAGGCUGUCUCAUCUGAUGCGUCUGUUUAUGUGUGUCGAACUGGGACUCGUUGAAAAGCUCUCCUCGAAUCUUGGUCUUCGUGGAAGCUAGUGCUGCAAGAGUGACCAUCACGAUCUCACCACCUCCCUCUCUCUCACUCUCUCGCUUAUUUUUCUUCGGAUCACCACAUGACCGUUUCUCUCUCUCUCUCUCUCUCUCUCUCUCUCUCUCUCUCUCUCUCUCUCUCUCUCUCUCUCCCUGAUCUUUGCUAACAGCCAGCCAGUCAGCAUUCCUUUUUCAUUUUGAUUUUUUCACUAUUUUUCUUGCUACAAGGGUCACCCUUCUUGGGGUUACUUUCCUUAUUUUGGUUUUGGUAAGUUACCUUUUUUGUGGGUUUUCUUUGACCAAAGUUUCCCUUUCGUACCUUUCUUGAUAUGCUAAAUUCCUUUUCCAAAUUUCUGUAUUCUCAAAUUGGGUUUCUUCCCUUUUGUUGUUUUCGUCAGAGAGAUUCUUAUAAGUGGGUGUUUGGGCUCUCUUUCUUCACUUCUGUACUUGCUCAUAAACUAGGUUUGUGAGUAUAAUUCUCUGUAUAUACCCUUUUGGUUCAUUAAUUUUUCUCUUUUCCUUACUGUGAAUGUCUUUGGCUGUUGGAGUUGUUUCAUCAAAUUCCAAAAGUAUGGGUUUUGAUGAUAAAGACAAUGAUGCUUCUGAAACAAAUAUCGAAGAGACAAAGGGAAAAACAGAAAAGGGUAAAGAAGAAGAUGAUGAAGAAACUGUGGAUGGAUCAUCUGGGAUGAGCAGAACAAUGAGUGAGAGUUCCAUUUAUGCAACUGAGGAUGAAGAAGAUGAUGAAGGAAAGAAAAUUGAAUUGGGUCCCCAAUUCACACUCAAAGAACAAUUGGAGAAAGAUAAGGAUGAUGAGAGUUUAAGGAGAUGGAAGGAGCAGCUUCUUGGGACUGUGGACAUGGAGAAUGUUGGAGAAACUCUGGAACCAGAAGUUAAGAUCUCAAGUCUUGCAAUUAAGUCCCCUGGUAGACCGGACAUUUGUCUCACAAUUCCUGAGAAUGGGAAUCCCAAGGGCUGUUGGUUUACUUUAAAGGAAGGUAGCCGUUAUAGCCUGAUGUUCACUUUUCAGGUCAGCAAUAACAUUGUUUCAGGUCUCAAAUACACAAAUACAGUAUGGAAAACUGGGGUUAGAGUUGAUAGUACAAAGGAGAUGCUUGGAACUUAUAGUCCUCAGUCUGAAGCUUACACCCAUGAGAUGCCUGAAGAAACUACUCCAUCAGGCAUAUUUGCCAGAGGUUCAUAUUCAGCCAGAAGCAAGUUUCUUGACGAUGACAACAAAUGUUACUUGGAGAUCAAUUACACUUUCGAAAUUCGAAAAGAUUGGCAGUCUUCUUAAACUUGUGUGUCACUGCUCUAUAGUCCAUUGUUUUGAAGCUGAAAUCUGAUUCAGUGUAUGGUGUCUUAUUUUCCACUCUCUCUUAUUUAAUUCACAUUGUGGCUGAGGCUGGUCAGCAGGAGAAUGAAGAUUGGAUAUGGUUAAGAGGAUAAGACAUUUAUUUAGAAAGAGAAGGAUGUUCAUUUUGGUAGCUAUUUGUUAAUAAACUUGUCUUUUUUUUCCUUUUUUCUUUUUGGGACCACUAUUUUGAAUCUGGCUAGUAUAGUAGUUAAGCUUUAUCCAUUUCAAAGUAGAAAACUGAGAGUGGUAAAGGGCCUUGUUCUUUAUUCCUUUUCCAACGGUCAAUGAAGCAUGUCUUAGUAUUAAUUUUUUAAA